AUGGCUCUUAAGGCAGAAGGCUGGUCGCAAGCGGACUUCAACCUGUACUUCUUGGAGAAGGAGGAAUCUCAUCCGAGUCUCAAGCAUCCCAGGGUGAACCCCUCAAAGUAUAGAGCGUAUGACCCUGUGUGGACGGGCUUCCCAUGGGAGACUGCGUCUAUCAAUGACUAUGCCAUCGAAGCCUUCAAGGAAGAAGGCUUGAAAGACAUUGACGACAUAAACGCAGGCGGUCGGUUUGGUGUCGUACAACUCAUGCGUACUGUCGACCCGCAUCGUAGAAGGCCCAGCGCUCAGCUCUACUGCACUCAGCUCUACUUCACUGGAGUGAACCGCGAAGUGAUUCUCUGCACGGGCGCUGUCGGGACGCUGCAGCUUCUCAUACUUUCCGGGGUGGGCCCUGAGGAAGGCCUCCAGAAGCUCAACAUUCCGGUCGUGAAGAACCUCCCGGAUGUGGCACGGAACGUGAUCGAUCCCGGCCUCACUUGCGACUUCUUUUGGGGCUUGAGCUCGGGGACGCUCGAGAUGUCCAGGUGGCGUUCUUCGGCAGAGGUCCCUACGCGUCAACGCAGUAUUCGUCGACGGCAUCAAGCCUUCACGUACUACCUAAACGAGGGCGCAGGUUCACCCGUGCGCGUGAACGACCACGCUCCUGGUCCAGGCUCUCCACAGGCUGUUUUGAACACGGCUUCCCUAAAUCUAAUUCUAGCACGGAUGGGGGGCCAGAUCACGCUGAAGUCCAACAGUAUCUGGGAUACGCCCCUUAUCGACCCGAACUAUCCGUCAACGGAGUGCGACGUGAACGUCCUCGUUCGCGGUGUUCGCCUCCUUCUCCGCAUCGCGCAUACAGAUCCGGUGGCAUCGAAGCUCGAUCGGAAGCCCAGCAACAUAAACCCGUCGAGCUCCCCAGACCAACGUGCUGAGUGCUGCUGCUCGGCACAGAUCACCGACCGCGAGAUUAAGGAGAUGCUGCGCCGCACUGCGGUGCCAGCUUGGAACCCGGUCUCGUCUGCUCGGAUGGGCAAGUCAUCAGACGAGAGCGUUGUGGACCCCUCGCUGCGCGUACACGGCAUCGCUGGUUUGCGCUGCGUGGACGCAUCCGUGUUCCCCACCCAAAUGUCUGGGCAUCCGUGUGCGGUCGUCGUCGCGAUGGCCGAGAAGGCGGCGGACAUGAUCAAGGCUUUCGAGGCUUCGCAGGCCUGA